AUGAAUGCAGGAUACGACAAAAUUACAUAUCCCCCAGACGAGAACAGGAAUACGGAGUUCAUCGUCGGUGAUACGCACCCGUACUCGGCACUCACAAUGUUGCAGCCUGCUGGGUGUUGGUUGAACUGCCUCAAAGGGCGCAAUCUUUCCAAAUUGUCGGCAACGGGAGCUAGGCCUGAUUCGGCUCGCUUGUCUCCGGACAAUUAUGGGGCCAUUAUGUCAUUAUUGGCGAAUGUUCUCCACAAGUUAUGCGGCGAGUUAUGCGGCGGGUUAUCAGAUCAGGUCGGGAACUUGGGGACUUGGUCCGGUGGGCGGAGCGAGGUUUUCCCGGUCAGGUCACUUCGAGACUGCACGUCGGCUAGCUUACCUGCGCUAGUGGAGUUCAACUGA